UCGCCUUUUACGGCAAGCAUUGGUUGCUGAAGACCUCUUCUAACCCAGAUCUUCACGGGUCAGGACAAUUGACUAUUGGAACGUCAACACCGUUUUUCAUUCAGUCCUGAAGAUAUAUUUCCUUCACUCUGAAUCUUUAAGCAAAGACCUCAAUAUUAAACAGAUAAGGCCAUUUAACUGGUCUCUUUUUAUUUGUAGCAUAGGUUGGCAAAUCAGUGGAAGGGAAUUGGCUAUUGGACCAUUUUUGAAAUGAUAAAACAUGUUACCUGCGAUGACACACACAAAAAAAUUGUUUGAACACCACAUAUGAUACAUGGCACUAGGGAUUGUGUGUUUUGAAACUUAAAACUGAGAAGAUCAGAGUCUUUAAUUCAUCCACACAUUUGGAGAUAUAAAACGGUCUGGCGGACAUUGCAGGCUUGAAAUUCGAGGUAACUUGACCACAUGCAUCAUGUGACAUUGAGUGUUAUUUUGACAUGUCCACUGAAACAAUUAUCUUCCAUGUAUGGGUCACACACUGAAAUAUGUCAUGCAUGUAAUUACCACCAACGGAGAAGGAAGUUCGCUCAGCCAGGAGAGGAGAUUGUGAUAUCAGAUGGAACUGGAUAAUUAUACAUAUCUCAAAUACAAUGAUCGGAUAUUGGUGAUCAGUAGCUAGGACAAACGGACGCAUCAUGCUGAGUGCAGUGUUAGCACUCUUUAAACCAAUUGACGCACGGGUCAUCCCAACUAUUAUCGUUCGUAGAUUAUGGUAUAUAAGGUAGGUGGAAUGAAUUAAGAGUAUUACUGCUGACGUUUGUAAAGGAACAAACACGAGAAUGUACAACGCAACACUUGUCCUCAGCAUUGUUUUCUGUUGGAAUGUCAUUGUAUUCGGAGCCACAGUGCCUCACCUACCCGGUGACAUGUCGGGAGCCAACGGACAAAGCAUAUUCGACUUUGACAAGAACGAAGACGGCGUUGUUAACGGCAUGGAGCUGUACAGCGUGUUGACCUACCUCGACGGUAGACUCGGUUACACACCGAAAGAGGCCAGAGUCAUUCUCCAAUUGGCCGAUACUGAUGGGGAUAACCAACUGGACAUUUCAGAUCUUCUGCAGUUGUCCAUGCUUGUUGAGACAGAAUCACUUCAGCACAAAUGACAAGUUAAAAACAUAUAUCGUAUGUAACUAUAUUUCACAUGUAUUUGUAUAGUUAAGAAAAUAUACUUUAAAAAUAAAAUAGUAUU